AUGCCAGUUGCACAGAGCGACCUGCUGGAGGAUGUGCACAAGGCCGCCCAGAGAAAGGCAUUGCUGCCCUGGACGCUGGUGGCCAAGCAUGCACGGGUGGGGCUGCGGCAGAUCUUCGGCAUCCGCAGCAACAGCCAGAAGAUGAUGGAGGCCUCCAUGAAGGAUGCGCCCAUCGAGGCGGAGUUCCCAUCGCUGCCCUGCUGCGCCUUCGCGUUGAUGGGCCUCUGCGCCGCCUCGCAGACCUUCCUGGACCUGGCGGGCCAGGGCCUGGAGGAUCUGCUGGGCGCGGACUUGCGCCGAGUUCCGCUGCAUGGGCUGCUGCCCAACGCCAUGAACAAGAAGCUGAACCUCGAGGCGUGGUUCCCGCUGGAACGCCUUCACCAGAAGACCUUUGCAGGUGCCUCCCGGCUGAAGGCGUCGAGAAGAGCCCUACACACCGAGACGCUGAGUGAGGAGCAGCGGGAGCAGCUGAUGGCCAACGCCGCGGAGUUCGAGGAGACGCUGGACGACACGGAGCUGGUGCCGGUGACGGUGUCGCUGCUUCUCAGCCCUGGGAAGGAAGGCAAGGUGUUCUGGAACCUUGUCCAUGCCUUCAUGACGGAGGUCAAGAAGGUAGCACCUGUGUACUCUGAAAAAUCCUUAGCCAUGGCCCGCCUGCUAUUCAUCGCGGCGGUUUUGUCCACCAGCUACGCUGUGCGGAACAGAGACAAGGAGGCCAUUAUUGAUCCGGAGUACGACGAGUUCGAGUCAUUGGAGAGCUACGAGCAUGACGUGAUUCACGAACUGGAGGAGGUGGACGGUGAGCUACCGGAGCAUGACGAUCGCGUAGUGCCUCUGCGCGCGGAGGUGCAAGUGGCACACACGUUGGAUGACAUCCCCUGGAAGUCCAAGUUGACCUUCACCAUGUCGGAAGUGCCCGCCGGUCUGAGCUUUGUGGCGAAUCUGAGGGCCACCAAUGAGAGUGCUUCCACUAUGGUGGCGAGCGCAAUGCGUAAGGUCAUCAACGUGACCCUUCCUCCACACUUCUCCUCGCUCUGCAAGAUCGCCACUGUCCAAUCGCAGAUCUUCAUCACUAUUGGGCCAUUGGAAAUGCAUCAGGAGGACACAGCCGCCCUGGACACCUUCCUCAUGCAUUUCGGGCACGUUGAGUUCUCCGAGUAUCAGAAUGUGGACUGGAAGGAGCUGAUGUCCAACCUGACCGAGGAGACCAAUUUGUUGGAGAAACUUUACAGUGGCAUGAAGUUUAUGCUGAACGCUACCUUGACCACCGGCCUGGAGCACGCCAUCGCACAUGUCGUCAAGGCCCAUUCGGAGCCAGAGUAUGAGCAACACCACGAGUACCCGGUGGUAAAGGUCGAAGAGAUCGAUCCUUGGACUAUGGCACCCAGCGGGGAGAAGUCGAUCCGCACCAAUGUCGUCUGCUUCGCCCAUGAGAGCCCUUGCACCAGGAACAUCGAAGGCGAUUGCUGCGACACCUCCGGCUGUUUGCUCGAUCCGGAGAUGCAGUGCCAGUUCAACUUCACCUCUUGUAUGGCGUACUGCAUGCCCGACACGGCGGCUCCCCUCUCGCCUGUCGCUGAGAAGCUCGCGGGCCUCUUCGCGGGCGUCUCCACGAGCCUUCGGGUGGCCUACGACGAGGAAACCCGCCAGGAGCUCAUGCACAUGCUGCCGCCGUUGGGGAUGCGCUACGGUGACAUCACCCACAUGUCGGCCAUGACGUUCCACCACCUCCCCGCGACUUACCUUGGGAGCCCUCCGGCGCUGGCGCUGGCGGACCUCGUGAAUGUGUUGGAUGGUAUUGAGUCCUUUGAGUCGCUGGAGCUGCUCGGGCUGCCGGUGAAGGCAAAGAUGACCAUGACCUCCGAGAGCAGCCCCUUCCCAUUGCUUGCAAAGUUGCUCAAGGAUUCCGAGCUCAUUGAGAUUUUGCAGAACAAGAGCGACCACACCUACGAGCAGCACAUGGAGCACUUCAAUGAUCACCACAAGUAUGACAGCACCAUCUACGACCCAAUUGUCGAUGAUCCGAACGCCUCCUAUGAGCCCUUCUAA